UAGGGCUUUAGAUUUAUGGUUUACCUGUCUUGUUUCAGAUUCUAUUACCCUAUGGGCCGCCCCACAACCCAGGUGUCCCAGGAGCAGUCAAUAUCACGGGUCAAUGCUGUGUUCCGAGAGAAUGGAGGUCAGAUAACACGGGACAACAUGGAGCCACUGAUAAGGGCUUGUCAAGUCCCACUCUACUGGAAGGCUCCUCUCUUCAUUGCUGCUGGUGGAGACAAGCUGGGCUACCUCACACAGGAGCAGUUCUCAGACUAUUGGAGCAGAGUGAUCUCUACCUGCCACGACAUGGCCUCUCGCUUUGUCCGAGUGCUGAGUCGUGGUGUUCGGAACUACCUCAUGCCAGAGGACUUUCUUAGCAUGAUUCAGGAUGUGGUGGACACCCACCCUGGCCUCACCUUCCUCAAGGAAGCCACUGAGUUCCACUCCAGAUAUGUUCAUACAGUCAUAGCAAGAAUAUAUUAUUGUGUAAAUAGAUCCUGGUCAGGUAGAAUAACAGUUCCAGAACUUAGGAGAUCUUUUUACUUUCAGGUUAUUAGCUAUUUAGAGGAAGAAGAAGAUAUUAACCAAAUCACUGAUUACUUCAGCUAUGAGCAUUUUUAUGUUAUUUAUUGCAAGUUCUGGGAAUUGGACACGGAUCAUGACCUCAUUGACAAGCAUGAUCUUGCAAAACAUAAUGAAAGAGCGCUGUCAUGGCGCAUGAUUGAGCGAAUAUUCAGCGGGGCAGUUACCAGGAAGGCUGCAGAAACAGGACCGCAUGGCUACCAGGAGUUUGUGUGGUUCCUGAUAUCCGAGGAGGAUAAACGGCAUCCCACAGCCAUUGAAUAUUGGUUCAGGUGCAUGGACUUGGAUGGUGAUGGCUAUCUGUCCAUGUAUGAGUUAGAAUACUUCUAUGAAGAGCAGCUGCAGCGCAUGGAGGCCCUCGGCAUUGAGACUCUUCUCCAUGACUGCCUCUGUCAGAUGUUGGAUAUGGUGCGUCCAGAGAUGGGCGACAAGAUAUCUCUAAGGGAUCUGAAGCGUUGCCGCAUGACCAUAUUCUUCGAUACGUUCUUCAACCUCGAGAAAUACCUGGACCAUGAGCAGCGUGAUCCCUUCGCAUCACACAGAUUCUUGCAGGUUUCGGAGUGGGAUCGCUAUGCGGCUGAGGAGUACGAGCUGUUGGUGGCGGAGGAGGGCGGAGCCGAUCACCAGGAUGAUAUGUUCUACGGUGAUGAAGAUGAGCUGUCGAUGGGUUGUGAUGAUGCCUUAGAUUCCAGUCCAGGAGGUGGGCGAACCCUGACCGGAGGUGUAGUGGGUGGUGGUAGUGUAGGGGGAGGCCUCAACAAGCACUCGCCCCUCUCUGCCACUGUCACCAACCUUGCAGCCGACUCCAUGGAUGUGGAUGAUGACUACCCAGAUUACGCAGACUCAGAUGACUACCAGUACUAGAACACACCACUGACAACCGCCCUCAUCAUUGCCAUAGAUGUAAAAGAAACUGACUGAUGAACCGAUUCUCAACUCCUACAAACAGCGGUUCUUGCUGCUCCUGUAAUGGGAACACGUGCAACGCCCCCCAAAGAUUGGAUUAGGGUCCUGGAUGUCACAUGCGCUCUCUUUCUUUCUCUCCCACUAUCCCUCUUGAUGGUUUUCUUCGCAGGGACAUUGGUUAGCCAGAGCAAUAGAAAGAGGUUGAUUUCUAUGAGGUUUAUAGAAUAUUUUAUAUAUGUAUAUAUAAUAUAAAGAUAUUUGGGUUCUGUUACAUGAUCUUGUUACAGUUGUUGACAUUAAUGUGAAUGAGAAAUAACUAAAGUGUGUGAUUGAUCCACAAGAUUUUCAAGGAGCCGAGUUAUUUUUAUGUUUUUUCUGGCAAAAGGGAAGAAGAGGGCAUGUGAAGGCUCUCCUGCUCUUCCCUAUCAAUGUGGCCUUUAUGUAGGUAUUAAAGAAAAAUAGCUUUUCCUCAAAAUUUUAGGCUGAUGGCACAGCCUCCCAUAUAUUGAUAAUUCUUGAAUUAUAUCUAAGCAUAUUUACUUGUUAUUUCAUCUUUUUUUUUAUUUAUCUUUAUUUUUGGCCUUUUUCAAUCACUAAUCCAGUACAGACACUAGACGUUGUCAGACAGAUUUUAUAGUGUAUGUCAAAAUACACCCUAAAACCUGCAGCCUGAGUUAAAUGAAGAAAGAAAAAUUCUAGAAUGGCAGUUAUUUAUGACGAAGGGUACCUUCGUUUGACAGUGUUUACAGAAAGACUUAAAAAAGGAUUACAUGAAUUGGCCAUAUAUAUAUAACACUUUCUUUCCAGUUUUUGAUGUUAGGCAGAUUUUCUUGUAGUACGCAUAGCAGCUUUGUAUGCAAGAUAUCUGAUAAGAUGAAUCCAGUGAACCUGCUCCUCCAACAGUGUAAUGCAGCGAUGACAUUCUUCAUCAUGAAACUCCUAACCUAUGUGAAACAAGAACCCCAACCUCACCGCAUGACCCUAACCCCAUCCCUCAUGUGCCAAGAAGCAUGCAAAGCCCUCCAUUGCUUGUGGAUGCUGAACUGUUCUGUGCAGUAUUGAACACUUCUUAAAAGGGCAAAGAACAAGUUCUCCCUAAGUGUAAUGUGCAUGAAUGUCUGAAACCUUGAACCAAAGAUGUACCCAACAAUGAAUCUUACAAGAUUGCAGCAAAGAAUUUUAGUGACUGUGCAUGGAUAGCAUUUGCAACCAACCCUGUUUGUUUCUCAUAUUUCAUGAGACUACUGAUCUGUGAGUGUGUGGCUUAACAGGGGAAAAUGAACACAAAGUGGCACAUGCUGUUUAUGUGUGCGCCUGCAGUGUCAGUGCUAGAUAUUUUGAAACUUUUUUCUCUUUCUUUUUUUUUUUUUUUUUUUUUUUUACAAACUUACAAAGUAAUUUUAGAAAAGAUUCCCAAACACUGUGAUGCACCAACCACUGUGUGGUGCUUGCAACCCUCUUUACCUUGUAAUGCUAAGGACAAGUUUAACAAGUUUUCUAGUGAAUGAGCAACUUUAAAUAAAAAACUUGAAUGUGAUCAUAACAACACUGUUCUGUGUAGAUGGUGAUAAUCCAGAGAUAAGGAAUUAUUCAGUGCUUUAAUUUGAACUGCAUUGUGGGUGUCAUUCUCCCAGAACUAAAAGAUGGAUAAUGAGGUAUCUGCACAGGUGACUUUUGCCUCAGAAAUUUGGUCUUCCUUACCUACUCACUGAAGUCCCUCCGUGAAGUGCCUCUUUAUGUAUUAAAAAUAAUAUUAAUGUAAAAAAAAAAAGGAAUACCAGUUGAACUCUUGGUAGACUUUGCUUACAUAUUAUCUAUUGGUAUGCGUAGUAGUGAGAAUGAGGAGAUCGUCAUGAAACCUUGAGUGGGAGUGGAACAGGUGUGCUGUGUGUGUUAUUCAGCCUGUCCUGUUAUAGCCUAAGGUGAAGUAAGGUGAUGUAAAAUUAUCCUAUGUAGCUCUGCCUGCAAUUUUACAACUUUGUGAGAUAUACAAGUAACCUAUAUACUCCUAUACCAUGUACAUUUGUUAACAAGGUUAUUCACCAGGCUGAGUUCCUUACAGUAAAGCACAAAAAAAAGAAAAAAAAGUUGGUAAAUAAAUUAUAUUUAUCAUAUAAACCUGGUGAUUUUCCUAACCCUGUCCAAGUGGAGUAAACAGCUCUGGUAGUUGGAUUUCCCCUCACAAAAGAGAAAUGAAAUGAAAUGUGAUUCCUUGUGCUUGAAGUGCCAUUCUUUCUGCCCGGUGCAGAAGGAAAGAGUGAGGAUUAUAACACUAUUUUUAUUACACUCACCCCCUUGUCCCUUUGCUGUAUCGUAGAACAGUAAUUGUGAACUAUUCAAAUGAUGAUGAUAUAGAUAUUUUAGCCGAUUUCACUGGUUAAGAAUGUCUUUUUUCAUAGUCCAAUGAAAAACUGGUACCAUCUAAUUAACAUCUGAAAGUUGGUUUUUAUUUAGGAGACUUGUAAACAUUUUUACUGCUCACUCUCUUGUACUCAUAUGUUAUUAGUUGUUGAAAAUCUGUAAUAUAUUUAUUUUAUUCAACCACUCCUUAGCAGAUUCAUAUUAGGCAAAUUUCAAGUAGAAUACAAGUGGCCUUUUUUCUUUUUCUUUUUUUGUAAGUGAUUUACAGUUAUAUAAAUUUCCUUUUUUUGUGUAAAGGGAAUUAGUAAUUUUUAGUAAUUCUUUAAGACUGUUUUGAUAAUUAGAAAAAUUCUCCUGUACUUUUCCUUUUUUUAUUCUAAUUUUGUGUUGUACAAUGAUAAAUUUGCGGCAGCAGCAUUAUAUAACUGAGUGCCCAUUUUGAGCACCCUUUUCAAUAUCUUUCUGUGGAAAUUUGAAAUGAUACACUUGUUUUUCAAGAUUACCAUUAUGAUUUCUUAUUGUAAUUUUUUACUGUGAACUUGUAUCAUGAUGGUUUUACUACCAGUCACUGAAUAACAAAAUGCAAAUCAGUAUCUCAGGACAUGAUGUGUAGGUGGAAGCUGUGACGAGGGGUUCUUCUCAGCCGACUGAAUCCUUAGGGUAGAGAUAUACUGAUGAUGGGUAAUUUGAGGAUAAUUGAAUCAGUAAAUGAGAAAUUUGAUGUAGCAUCUCUCAAGAUAUUUUCCUCUUUCUUUUUCUGUUUUUCUAUUUUUUUCUUUUUCUCUAUUUAUUUUAUUAUGUUUUUUAUUAUUUUUGAUAAACUAGAAGAAGAUGGAGAAGUAGAAGCCAAACUGAUGAUAAUACUAAUAGUGAUAAAAAAGUAUUAAAAAAAAUAAAUAGCCUGUACCCCCUAUCCCUUCUUCCCACUCAGUCACGCUCCAAACUAGUCAGGAUGUCAUGUUAUAUACAUUUCCUCAGUUCAUCGCGUUUUUAAUGUCCGCUGCUGCAAAGUGCCACACAUCACCAGCAACUCCCAAUUGGGUCAUGAAGUUCUAUUGAUCCCCCAGUGUUUUUUGUGAAGUGAAAAAAAUAUGUAAAUGGUGUUGGUAUCACCUUGUUUGUAUGUUUAGUGUAUUUGUAAUAUGUUGUAUAAAGGAGUUAACGUUCAUUUUGCAUAA